AUGGAAUUCAAAACUGCAGUCAUGUUGAUCAUUUUCUCAGCAUCUCGCUUCUGGUUUGACGAAUUGUCCUGUGCCAUUUGCUUGGAAUACAUUUUUCUCAUGGUUCUUGUUGCUGUUUGUGAUCCUUCGAACAUAGUCAGCGAGGGUAUCCAUCAACCUAUUGGUCCGUGCAAACAAAUGGAAGAUGUAAACACUCCUGCCGGUCUUGUUCUGCAGCGAGAAAAGUAUCUCUGUGCCACAAGAUACGAUGAGAAGUACUUCGACUUUCAUUGCGUUCCAAAUGGUAUUCCCAAACAGCAAGAUGAUGGUUCGGGAAGAUUGCUUCCUCUGGAAUAUUAUGCACUAUGUGGAACAGAUUUUGAGAACCGAGCUGAGUACAUAACUGUGAUCUGGGGAUGUUGUAUCCUGUUCGGUUUCUUCUUCUACGAAAUGGCUGCGUGCUCUGGUUCUACUCCGAUGGAUCCAGUCAAGGUACGUCGCCGUGUUAUACGCGAAUAUCAGCCGUUAUCAGAGGAACGCAACACUGAAACAGUUCAAACAUCACCGGAUUCGGACGACUGGGCUUAUCAGCGCGAGCCAUUAAUCAGUCCAAAGCGUGAUGAUACGAAGACAGCGACCGACUUGGAUUCCGUGCCUGUAAUUCCCGAGACAAUAAAGAAGAAAACGUGCUAA